GGGAUUACCCUGAAGGCUCAUCCUGGUUCUCAGCUGCUUCUGGAGAAAAAAGAUUCUUUCUCGGUUGAUGAGAUGGCUAGUUCCACGCAACAGAUUUCCAAAGAUGAGCUUGAAGAACUGAGGGAGGCCUUUGCAAAAGUUGAUCUCAACAGCAAUGGAUUCAUUUGUGACUACGAACUACAUGAGCUUUUCAAGGAAGCAAACAUGCCAUUACCAGGCUACAAAGUAAGAGAAAUUCUCCAAAGACUCAUGAUCGAUGGUGACAAGAAUAAAGAUGGCAAGAUCAGUUUCGAUGAAUUUGUUUUGAUUUUCCAAGAGGUCAAAAGUAGUGACAUCGCUAAAACCUUCCGAAAGGCCAUCAACAGGAAAGAAGGCAUCUGUGCGCUGGGUGGGACAUCAGAAUUGUCCAGUGAAGGAACGCAGCAUUCAUAUUCAGAGGAAGAAAAAUAUGCUUUUGUGAACUGGAUAAACAAGGCCUUGGAAAACGAUCCUGACUGCAGGCAUGUUAUUCCAAUGAACCCUAACACAGAUGACCUUUUCAAAGCUGUUGGAGAUGGAAUUGUGCUUUGACCAUCAGCUCAAGUUUGGCAGUUGUGGACUUAAUCGAUGCCAUCCAGCCGGGAUGUGUUAACUACGACUUAGUGAAGAGUGGAAGCCUGACCGAAGAGGAUAGGCACAACAAUGCCAAGUAUGCUGUGUCGAUGGCCAGGAAAAUUGGGGCCAGGGUCUAUGCUCUUCCUGAAGAUCUUGUGGAAGUGAAACCCAAGAUGGUUAUGACAGUAUUUGCCUGCUUGAUGGGCAGAGGAAUGAAGAGGGUGUAAGAAAGUCAGUCCACAUGCAAACAGAAACCCUUGCCUCCUUCCCCUACCCCGUCCCUGCAUGACUCCCAGAUCAGCUAUUUCCAUGAUGAAAUGCUGUUGGCUUAUGAACUGUUGACCUUUAAAGGACUUUUAGUUUUGCUUUGCAAGACUAUCAUCACCAUCAUCAUCAUCAGAGUUCUCAGGGAGAGGAGUUUUAAUACAAACAACUGCUCUUUCCCACACACAGUGAAAGUGUCAUUUGUCAAGUGCACACAAAAUGUAUUCAUAGCCAAACCAUUUGACUCUCUCCCCUUCAAAUGCCAUGCUGGAAGUUCCCAAUUACUAUGUGUUAUUUCUCCACUUUCCCUCUAGGAUUUCCACUCUUGGGUUUUCUCUGAUUGAUUGGUAUGGAUCCUACUAGACGGUAAUUUCCCAUUUUAUCCAACAGUUUCAGUCUGCUUUCAUAGUAUGGAUUGGAACACUCGGCUUGUUAUUGUAGGAUGGAAGUUGCUCAGCAGAAAGCGAGACUCUUAUUUCUUAAGAUCAGUAUCUUUUACAGUAUGCUUUCUACACGGUGCUUUUUUGUACAUCAAAAGGUUUGGGUUCUUUUAUAAACAAGACAGCAGCAGUUUCUGCUACCUUUCCCCCAUUCCCACCCCUUUAAGAAAGCAUCUUCAAGGUAGAAUACAUCCUUUAGAGAGUGGGAACAUGUCUCAACCUUCCGUCUGCUUUUCCAGUGUAGACACCUAGCAGAUGUUGCCACAAACUAAACAGCUUCAUGAAUCCAUUUUGUGAUGUGUUUAAGUCUUUUACUUUUUUUUAAAUUGAAAAUGCUGUUGAAUAGAAACUCUUUUUCAGGGGAGGGAGUGCUAUGAACAGCUCAAGUCAGUAGAGGGUAGAGCCAGUGUGCCGAUUCUCAAGAUAAAUACACUGUCUUUACACCGAAAACAAGGAGCAGUGAUCACCAAAGAAGGAAGAAAAAUGUACCCAUACGUCUUAAUGUACUCUUGCUUUGGCAAGCUGUUUGCUCUAUUUUCGAGAUCAUAUUGUUAUUCUAAGCUAUUAAAAGUGAUGUAAUUGGGUGGCAAAUAUUAGUUCAAGUAAAAAACAUUUAAGUACAAA